AUGGCACAACGAGGAAGACAAGUUAGAGUAGGGGAUCGUGUCACUUUCACCAUCAUCGAUGAAGAUGUCGAUCACACCGGUAUAGCAUUACGAAGAGUAGAACUUGAGAUAGGAGAUCCGCAGUUUGUUUCUCCCCAAAGACAGAUGACUGAUCGCAGUGUAAAACCUCAGAGCGGUCAAAUUGUGAAGGGAGCCUACGAGCGGCGUGUUACUCGUUCACAGUCAGAUUGGUAUGAGCAACGCAAUGUGUAUUCACAAAUGUAUCAUGAAUGGCUACGUCCUGGAUUCCCACGAUCAUUAGAUCAUCACGAAACCUGUAGCAUCGACAACCCUGGAAACAAUAGUAUGGAGACCCCUCUUUCUCCUGUUGGAGAAAAUGACACUACUUCCAGCUCUCGCAGCAACCCAACAAGACUGAGUCGUAGCACUGCUGUAAAGCACAACAGUACGAAAGAUAGGAAGACCGAAAUUAAGAAGCACGACAGCACAGCACACAACAGCCGCGCUUCAGAGAUUGCGGCGGCUCAUGCUCCAGCUGCUCGGCCUCCUGUAGAUGCACGACCAUCUAAUGUACGACGUCGCUUUAGCUUCGAACUCGCUGACCCAAGCGAUGCAACCGGAUUGUCAGACACGCCUAAUUUUGAAGACAUUCCAAUAACUCCAGCGGCCACAGACCUAAAACGUCAGCCGGCACAGGUAUCGGAAGCAAAUCACCAGGUGCGAGCGUCUAUAAAUCUCUCUCGACCACAAAGACCUAUCUGGGAAGAGCAAGGUCGUCCAGCGACCGAAGAAGAACGCGAUCAUGAAGAGCUCAAAGACUUGGAUAGGGUGCGACGUCGCGUUCUGACGACUUUCGACGAGAUAUUGGGAGAGCGAAAGAUUCCCACAGCGUUACUGUAA